ACAGACUGUUUAAGAAUCCAUCCAACACCUCCCAAAGUAAUCUGUUUUAUUUAUUUUUUUAAUUGGCUGUCAAAAUGAAGAUUAUUUUUCCUGAUGUUCAACAAAAUCUAUUUCCUUGCAAUUUAAACCAAGGAAUCGUCGCUUGUUCUACCUACAGAAGGUCCAGAAUAGAAGCGGAGCCGAAAGAGAUCCUUGCGAGGCUCUGCAGGCUUCUUCGGAGUAAAGAAGGCAACAGCUUCCCCCACCCCCCGGAAAGCAGCGGGGCGGGGCUCGUCGCGAUGAAAAAGGCAGCCCUGAUGCCGAGGAGAGCCUUGCAAAGAGGCGGAAAGGAAAAGCCCGAAAAGGCACCAAAAGAAGCGGGAGGAGCUUGGCCCGCCUGGUGGGCAGCUAUCGAGACGUUUUCAAAGGCGGCGCCUGGGAGAAACCCGGUGUCGGGCAGAGAUGAGGCGGCGCUCCGGCGGGCGGCGGAGGCUGCUCUGGGACGCGUCUUUCAGCCGGACCCCGCGCGUGGGCGCGCCUGUUGCCAGGUUACCUAGACAGAAUGGCAGACCUGGUGGCUAUCUGGGAAGUAGCCCUGAGUGACGGCGUUCACAAAAUUGAAUUUGAACAUGGGACCACAUCAGGAAAGCGUGUUGUGUAUGUAGAUGGAAAGGAAAUAAUAAGAAAAGAAUGGAUGUUUAAAUUAGUGGGAAAAGAGACAUUUACAGUUGGAGCAGCUAACACAAAGGCUACUAUUAAUAUUGAUGCAGUCAGUGGAUUUGCAUAUGAAUAUACUCUGGAAAUAGAUGGAAAAAGUCUCAAGAAAUAUCUGGAGAAUCGGUCAAAAACAACAAACACUUGGGUAUUAAACCUAGAUGGUACAGAUUUUAGAGUUGUUUUAGAGAAAGAUACGAUGGAUGUCUGGUGUAACGGUAAAAAAGUGGAGACAGCGGGUGAAUUUGUAGACGAUGGGACAGAAACACAUUUCAGUAUUGGAAAGCACAACUGUUAUAUCAAAGCUAUCAGCAGUGGAAAGAGAAGGGAAGGAAUUCUUCACAUGCUCAUUGUGGAUGAUGGAGAAAUUCCAGAAGUUUUGGAAUAGCUUUCAAAGAUUAAUGCAGAUAAAAAUAUCAGGGAUUUUCAGUUACUGCGGUACAAUUGACAACUUUAAUGUGUACUUGUUCAUUGAGUCUCUGAUGAAUUUUUUAAAGUUAAGAGCAUAGAAAAUUCACUAGAGGGCCAAAUAAAUAUGUAAAGUUAUGUAUAAUCUAUUAUUUUGUUAUAUAGGGACACUGAAGGGGAAUCAACUAAUGUAGAAAUUGUUUACAUGGGACAUUUUAAUAAAAUAGUGCAGAAUAAAAGAGUUAGUUUGUUCAUUUACAUAUCGGAAUGUUUUUUAAUCUCUUUAAAUUAAGCUUAAUUAAAAAAAAAACCUUGAUGUGUACUGCACUGAAAGACUAAACAAAUCUUGUUUAGAUUUAUGAUCAGUGAAACUGAUACUGGACAUCUGCAUGCCUAUGAAGUCAGCUUUCAGCUCUAUAUACUAGGAUUGAUUUAUAUGUAAUCAUUUCAUUCUAUGGGCCUAAGCAGAUCUAUCUAAUGAGUUUCCAAUGGUUUUCUUAUAUGCAGUUAUCAGGAAGGUUUAAAGUGGUUAAAAUAUGUCUUUGAGUAAUGUAAGACUGAGUUUGAAAUAGAAUUAUGCACAAAUGAUGUGCAUGUUAUGGCCAAAAUGUAUACACUUUUGUGGAAAUAUGAGUUAGAAGAAGAACAAGAAAUAAUGUAAGAUAAAAUGGGCUAAGAUUUUUCAUCUCAACAUACAAAUGGAUUAAUGGGAAAAUAGAUGGUUGAAAGGACUACAUUAUACAGUAUUUACAGAGGUGGGCUGCUGCCUGGUCGGACCGGUUUGCCCAUACUGGUAAUUAUGACCAUUGACUGGGCCCAUCCACCUGCCCCGGUGCUAUCCCAUCCUAUAUAUCUCACACUCUGGCUUGCUCACCCCACCCACACAGCCUAGCUGAUUUCCACACCUCACCCGCUCUACUCACUGCUACUUACGGCUGUCCAAGAAGGUGUGCUGGAAGCCGCGCACAUGAAAUUGCCAUGUUUGAAGCCACGCGCAAGCACAUUUUCGGUUCUGCACUAGGUGAACCAGUUGUUAAAUAUUGUGAAGCCCACCUCUGAGAAUUUACAUUAUAUUUUAGCCUUAAAGAGAAUUCUCAUGAAAUGCUGUAUCAUUGGCAUUUCUCACCAGAAAAAUUGUGUAGAAUGUAAUUGAAGUUAUUUCAAAUAUUUAUCAGAAAUGUGAACAACAUAAAGGAAUAGUUUAUUAUAUAUGGUGGAUAAGUAAAAACAAAUUUUUGGAUACAAAUAAAUAUAUUAAUUCAGAAGAUAACUAUGAAUGUAUAAUU